AUGGACUUAUGUGCUCAAAUAAUAAUAGAAACAUCUUCAGAAGACGAUUUACUGGUGAAUAUUGAUGAAAUAUCUGUGAAACAACAUCAAUUAUUAUGCCUCAUAGACCAAAGCAAAUGGUUAGACGAUGAUGUGAUCUGUGCUUAUAUAUGUUGUAUAAGGGAUCAAGUACAUCUGCAAAAUAUGGAUGAUGCUAAGAUAUAUUUUGAGAAACCCUUUAUUACUAGACUGUUUAAAAGGGAUGGCAACAUUGGUGUACAUGAAGAUGGCACUUUUAUUACGGAGAUUGUUAGAAACUAUCUUGAGCAUGAAAUGGGACUACAAUACCAUUUGGACAUUCUUCAAAGUCAGCAAAACUUUAUUAACCAUAAUUGGAAAGAUCUUCAUGUUACUAAAUGGAAGCUCAGAGAACAACUACAAGAACCAAUUCAGAAAGACAGGAAAGUCUGGGUGCAAAACUCCAAACCAUAUUCCAUUAGCUUGACUCUCAAGAAACUGCAAGAAAUUAUAAACGAUGAUAUCCCCAUGGACAUAGAUACUUUCAAUUUGGUCGUACGAAAAAAUAUGUUCGACGAGAUCCAAAUGGUGAAGAAUCAGAGAGGAAUGAUAUCAAAGCAUUAUCUAGACUUGCAAUUUUGGAUGAUUACGGAUUUUGGACGAUACCCAAACUUCCGUAAAAAAUUAGAUGUGGAACGACCAGUAGAUUCCGUUCGUUGUUGGCCUGGUAUUAACUAUAGUGUUGCAUCAUGCAAAUUGGAUGGAUAUGAACUCAGAAAACAACUUUCAACUCCUGACAUACAAGGAGAAUGA